UAAGCGACAUCUCAUCCCGUAUCAUUUCCUAGGGGUUGUGACGAGCAGCUCUCCUUCAGGCCGUCACGGCCGCCCUCGAGACCGACCCCUGCUCUGCACCUCGCUCACCCUUGCGAACGUCGUGACGAUGGCUGACACCGAGUUCGAGGAAUUCCGGCACUAUUUCGAGAGACUGCCCCAACACCUAAAGGCACCGCUUUCCAACUACACGCUCGUACACGAUGUGAUGAUCGAUGACUCGCCGACGUCCUCGCAAGGAAGCGAUGGAGAGGUCGGCAGAUCCUGCGACGUCGUCACCGGUGACUCCGAGGACGAGGAAGUCGUUGUCAUUCACCGGCACGACAACCAAAGCGGGCACACCACUCCCGAUGACAGCGAGGAGCUAGAUCAUCACUGUUCGAUCAUAGCUGACAGCGAUUUUAGGUUGGUAACAUCCUUGUUCGGUGGACUGAGCAGCAGGGGUCGAUCGGUAGGCGGCGGACCAGGACCCGGCGGGGGUGGUAUCGUAUCCGGUAACGGUGGCCGGGAUAGUGUCGUCAGCGACGUCGGCGAUUCGUGUUCCAGUUUGAGCUCCUGGCCUACGCCGGAGCACGUGCCAUCGAAUCGACCCGGAAGCGGUGGCACUGAGCGCAGACGUCGAAGACUGCCGGAAAUUCCUAAAAGCAAAAAAUCUUUGCCUAUGUGCCAGACGUCUAUACAGACGUCGUCCUCGCUGGCAGACGAGUUGAGUGCCGCCACCGGCUCGACAUCGACCCGGCCUCAUCUUGUCUUAAGGAAAUGUCAUCCCAGACUCCGUCACGAGGACAGCUCGCCCGACAGCGAGAGGAUGGCCACCGAUAGCGGCCAUUCCACUGCUCAUUCUCCCGAUAACGGUCCCAAGAGUGUGUCGCCUAUUCCAUGCAAUACCUUGCAGAAUACGGAUUCGGUGUCACCUAGUAGCACCCCAGGGAGCGGAGGCGUACCGUUCACUCAACUGGAACUACUCGAGGCAACGCAUCGAGGAUUGCACAAGUUCAUAUCGCGACAUCAUGAUGAAAUUGAUCUUGAAAUUGGAGAUCCUAUAUACGUGCAAAAGGAGGCCGAUGAUCUCUGGUGUGAAGGUGUGAAUCUAAGGACGGGCCGGCAAGGUAUCUUUCCGUCGGCUUACGCGGUCGACAUGGACUACAGUGACUUCGAUCCCACCGCGCCCAAAGUAAAGAGAGAGAGAUAUCUUUUGGGUUACCUCGGCUCGGUGGAGACCCUGGCGCAUAAGGGUACAGGAGUGGUAUGUCAGGCAGUGCGAAGGAUCCUUCGCAACUCCUUGCAGGACCCGCCCGUCUCGCAGAGCUGCAUCUUGGAAGUAUCUGAUCAGGGUCUUCGAAUGGUCGAUAGAAGUAAACCGCGAAAAAGUCAAGGUCCUUGUCACGAUUAUUUUUACUCGCUGAAGAAUGUAUCAUUCUGUGCGUUUCACCCUCGCGAUCAUCGUUACCUCGGUUUCAUCACGAAGCACCCUACUCUGCAAAGGUUCGCUUGCCACGUGUUCAUUGGUCAAGAAUCCACAAGACCUGUCGCCGAAGCUGUUGGACGCGCUUUUCAUCGGUUCUAUACGAAAUUCAUCGAGACUGCUUUCCCAAUAGAGGACAUCUACAUUGAAUAAAUUGCUCUCAGUCUAACUUAUAGUGGCUGCGGAGAAAAUGAUAAAUCUCACUUCCUCCUUUGUAUAUAUCACUCGCUAGUUGUAGAUAUAAAAUAAUAAACGCGAAUCAAACACCCAAUUUAUACAUAUAUUGAAUAUAUGUAUAGCUAUAUGUACGGAGCAUUUUGAGAAGCGUCACGACAGAUUCGAGUCUCCGUUAAUAAUUUAUUUUCUCGUUAUCAUUUUUCUUUCUAUUCGUCGUUUAUUAUCGAUUCUUUUAAUUUCGUGAUACUCAGGUAUGGUUCUACUUAUAUCAAAUAGUGCGAAGAAAUUAUUUUUAUUAAAUAACGCUAAUUACAAAAAUUACUUUUAUACUUUACAUGCAUUACAUUAGAUAAAAUUGUUGGUAUUUUAAUAUUGAAUUAAGAAAUAUUUUAAUACUUCUUUUCUCUUAUUUUCUGCUACUGAAACAAUGGCAAAACGGUAUAUAAAAUUGACUGAUUGAUUGAAUUGAAUAAAUGAAUGAAAAUUAAAUGCUAACGCUUUAACAAUUAAUGAGAAUUGAUUUUCAACUUUUAAUUGUGAAAUUUUAUUGUCAAAAUAAUAUUUUUUUACAAUUGGAAAUAGAGCAACUUUUGCAAAUUAUUUUCAUCGUUUAAAGACAGUUGAUGUUUCCAAUUAGAAACAUAUCACUUUUGAUGUAAACUAGAGUAAAAAUCUUCUGUAUCUUCUCUAUUUUUUGUGAAGAAAGUAUUUUAAAAUUUCUAAAGUAAUAAAAAAUAAUAAAUUUAAAUAAGAUUAAACAAAAUUAAAAAAAAAUUUUAAUUUUAUCAAAAGUUCUUUAAUUAAAAGUAAACAUAAUAAAAAAAUAUAUAACUUAUUUUAAUUUUAGUUUGAUAAUUACGAUGAUUAAAUAUCAUGACUCAUUAUAUUGUCGAAAGAUAUUGCACCUUUUUAGACUUCAUUCGUGUUUAAAAUCGAAAAGAGCACGAUAGUCACAAUGUGCCCGAAGAAAACUUCAUUAAAGAUCAUCCAAUAAGCAGAGAUUCGAUAAUCGAUAGUGAAUUAAUUCCUAAAACCCUAAUCCCACAAGACCAAGUUAACUCGCUUAGUGACGUAUAGAAAAAGGGAACGACAAUAGAGAAUGAGAUUGUUGGAGUUUAGCGAAAAAUUGUAGCAAAGAGCGAAAAGAGAAGAUGCUUAAACUUUCGGCGCAUAUUGAAUGUGCUUCUUGCUGAUGGCGUUUCUUACCGUAGCAACGAAUAGUCAUCUAGAACGAUCCCCAAUUGUAUUAUUCUUACCAUUAGAGAACGGCAACCCGUGCGUGGGCGAGCCGCUAUUUAGAAAUUCGUAUAUUUUUCUAUCUUUCUUUGCGACAGAGAUUCACCAAUUAUAUAAGUUUUACGACAUAAAACGUAAGUUCCCCGAAAUCUGUACUCUUGAAUCUUCGCGUGAGUUGCAUGAAAAAGAAAAAGGAAAAAAAUAACGUUAUCGAAAUACGCACACUGGCCUUUGAAAUAUCAUUAUUGCGCGGCAUUGCAAUGUCUUCAGCGACUGAUACAGAAUGUGAAACCAAAUUGCAAGUAUUGAUAUAUUGAUACCAAAUUGCAAGUACAUACAUAGCUUCGUUGCCGGAAAUAUGAGACGAUAGGAAAGUAGGGACAGAAAGCAAUAUCGUCUGCAUGCAACUGAUUGUGAGACGAGCAACAUCAUUAUCAACCGAUGUCUACCGCUGUUAAUAUAUCUAUUUUUAUUCAAUUUGCUAUUUUGCACUGCCUUAUUAGGACAUUGUAUACGCAGAGCGCGUAUAUGAUAUUCCAGUUGCACAAAUUAUUUUGAUUGAUUCAUAAAUAAGUUCCGUUUUGUUUAAAAAACUGAAUUUUUAUAUUUUCCUAGACCAAAAUAAAGAUUAGAGAAGAUUGAAUGUAAAGGGAGAGUGACAGAAGUAUAAACCAAACUUCUAAGAAAUUAUUAGCACUUUUUUUUCUCCCAAAUAUAAAAAACAAUAAUUAAUUUUUGUUUUAUACAUUCUCUACUAUUCUAUUCUCAACUUGUAAUAAAUAAAAUAAUUAGAUACCGCAAAUAAUAUUGUUUCUCAGAAAAGAAAGUAUUAUCAGUAUUCAGUAAUUACGUAUUAACGGAACUUAUUAAAUUAAUCGAAAAUCCGUAUUUAUUGUUCUUGAAUUUCUAAUAUCGAGAGAUAACUUUAACAACUUAGCAAUAAAUGGAUUUGAUUGAUAAUUGUUCAUGACGAUAAUCGUUGCGUAAACCGUAUUAACAAUAUAAUAUAAUAUAAUAUUAAUAAUCACCAAAAUGUUUUUCCAUUUGCAGAUAUUUAAUUAGUUUAAAAAGACUGGAUUGAAUGUCAAUUUCUUUACAUUCCUAAUAUGACAUUUUUCAAGGGAUUAAAACAUCGAUCAAAACCAUUUUGGUGAAAUCUCGCAAUUUCGUAAUUUUCAAUUUCGAUUUUCUGGGAUUUCCUAUUCGUGCGAGAAAGUCUUGUCAAUUUAUGGACCUCAACAAUACGAGCGUUAUCUUACUUGAGAUUUGGUGCAUGUUAGAUGGGUACAACUCAUACGCGCCUCGGUAUUAUACGGUAUAUUGAAUAAAAAUUGAGAGACAGAUUA